UGAAAACAUAAUUUUUAAAAUGGCUUCAAUCUAUAAAAUCAUUCUAAUAGUGGGAUUCAUAUCCCUGUUCCACUCAGCAUUCUCUGCUGCACAGCAUCGAUCCUAUUUGCGUUUGACUUCUCAAGAAUUCACUACUCUGCCUUUAGAUAUCGUAGUUCAAGCGGUUCUAAGUUUAUUUGCGGUGAUGUGGGGAGUGCUUAAUGUGGCUGGUAACCUGCGAGAGAUCCCCGCCGCCGCUGAGCUCAACCAGACUAAAUGGGAAACUCAGCGAAAUGUUCCUUCUUUUUACAUGUUCAACCACAGAGGCCGAGCAUUGGCAUACAAUUACAUACCAGCAACAGGGAAGUCAGACUUGGAGAAUACAGAUUUUAGUUAAUCUGAUAGUAUAAUUUAGUGCUUGCAGGAAUAAUUGUUAAGUUAUAAUUAUAAUGUUUAUUAUGUCAAGGCAAUUAAAGUUAUUGCAAUAAUGUUUGUGUGUAAAAUGAUAUAUGGACAUGGGUUAUAUUUGUUUACACAAAGAAAAUAAAUUAGAGAAAUAUUCCUUUAUUGUAUUCUUAAAACUAUUGCAUAACAUUUUUAAAUUUGGCCCUCACCACACAGUAGGGUACUCAAAACAUUCGAAAUGU